AUGGUGCUGCGGGACGACCGGCGAACGGUGGUCGACGUGGCUUGGCCCAGCCCGUGCAAUGUCACGCUGGAGUCCAGGGCUGGGCGGCUGCAUCAGAAGGUCCGCGUCUCGCAGUUGAGCACCGGGAAGCAUGCAGGGCGGCGUGGACAGGUUGCACUGGAUGCCCGCCACAAGGAGUUUCCGCUCUUCGUUCAGAGGGGCGAGGACGUGGAGCUCGUGGUCAACGUCGAGUUCCCCGCAAGUGAGUCUGUGCAUUUCCCGGUCGAAGACCUCGUAGAGCUUCGAGAGGCUACACGAAGAUGA